GCGUGCUAACCAUUUGACGUGUGGAAGUUACGCGUUUUCGCGCCAAAACGCGCACAACUGUUCGACUGUCAAAUUUUGAAUUUCGAUCUUUGUUUUCUUUUGUGCCUGUCGCUUUUCGGUUUAUAAGUGUAGUGAUUUUUUUUUUGUGAAUUUUCUUGACAGCUGUGUUUUGAAAUUUGAUGUUCAAUUUUUCCUAAUGGUGUUUUUGUCAAGGUAUUAUCUUUAGAUAAUGGCUGAUAACAAAAGAUACACGGAUGCAAAACGCUACGAUUGGACGCCGAGUAGGUAGUGUUUAAAAAUCGAACAAAUUUGUGAUUCCUACGUGCGAUUCCAAAUUCAAAACAGUGUUUCGGUUCCAAUUUAAAUUCAAAUUCGAAAGUGUAGUUCUAAUUUCCAACCUUUUCUGUUUCGAUGAUUAAAAAGAUUCUUAUUUCAAAUUGCUAAAUUUUGUUCAUAAUUUUUUUUGAACGAAAUUAUAAAGUGAAGUGAUUAAGGACUUAGUUAAGUGCAAAGUGUAAGUGAUAAGUGUUAAUUUCUGAGUGUAUGAUGAGUGCCAAUGCCGACUAUGGAUGAGCCUCAGACCAUACAUAAAACCUGCGUGAGGGUGAAUUCUCCUGAAGAUGAAGAGUCCAGGGACGAGGUCGACGCUGAAUUACCAAAGAAAAACCCUUUUAUACGGGGUUCAGAUCCGCGGGUUGCGACGUGCCGCGGCCGCCUUCAGACCAGGCGCUGUCAGCUCAACCAGGAGAUCAACAAGGAGUUGAGGCUGCGAGCCGGUGCUGAGAACUUGUUCAAGGCCACAACUAACCGAAAACUGCGGGAGACGGUAGCCCUGGAGCUGAGCUUCGUCAACUCCAACCUUCAGCUGCUGAAGGAACAGCUGGCCGAGCUCAACUCCUCGGUGGAACUGUACCAGAAUGACAGCAAAGAAUGCGUAAUGCCAAUGAUCCCAUUGGGACUGAAGGAGACUAAGGAAGUAGAUUUCCGGGAGCCGUUCAAGGAUUUCAUUCUUGAGCAUUACAGCGAAGAUGCCGCCGCUUAUGAGGAUGCCAUCUCGGAUUUCAUGGAUAUGAGACAAGCGAUGCGCACUCCGGUCCGGUCUACGGCGGGCGUAGCUCUGCUAUUCAAGUAUUACAACCAGCUGUACUUCAUUGAGAGGAGGUUCUUCCCCCCAGACAGGUCUUUGGGGGUCUACUUCGAGUGGUUUGAUUCGUUAACCGGAGUCCCGUCUUGCCAAAGGACAGUCGCUUUCGAGAAAGCAUGUGUCCUGUUCAACAUGGCUGGCAUUUACACACAAAUUGGAGCCAAACAGGAGCGGCACUCGUGCGCCGGUCUGGACGGCGCGGUGGACGCGCUGCUGCGCGCGGCCGGCACGCUGCGGCACAUCCACGAGAACUUCACCAACGCGCCGUCGGUGGACCUCGCCGCCGACACGCUGCUCGUGCUCGGCACGCUCAUGACCGCGCAAGCGCGCGAAUGCCUGCUGGAGAAGCUGCAGCUGCAGGCGCGCGAGGCCGGCGCGGGCGACGUCAGCCUCGACCUGGCGCAGGAGGCGGCGCAGCUGGCGCACGUGUACCGCCAGCUCUACGACAAGAUGCAAUCGGAAGGUGUUUUGAAUUACGUGCCAUACUCGUGGGUCUCAUUGGUCCAUGUCAAGACUGAGUUUUAUAAAGCGUUAGCUCAUCAAUACUGCGCGACGGGUUUACUGAACUCGCGCGCAAGUAAAGAACGACUGGCCGCUCUGUAUGGAGACAGAAGUACAGAGAAUGGUUCGUCAGGAUCCCCGGUGCCGAAGGAUCAGGAGCUGGACCAGGCUGCCCUGGGGCGAGCUCACCUCGCUGAAGCCACCGCUUUGUAUGAAGAAGCCUUGAGGCUGCAGCGGAUGUGCAGGGAGCUGCGCGGCAAGGAGGCGCUGUCGCGGGCGGUGCGCGCGCAGCUGGAGCGCGCCGCGCGCCUGGCGGGCCGCGCCGCCGCGCCCGAGCCCGACUUCACCGACCUCAUCGACGCGCCGCGAGUGCUGCCCUCAUCCAAAUUCCAACUAGCACUGACGCCACCGGACUUCGCACAGCACAGGGUCGAGGACUUGUUCAAAUCGUUAGGACCAAUCGCAAUAUUUUCAGCCAAACGACACUGGAGCGCACCACGACUCGUACAAUUACAAAAGAACAGAGAAAAACGCAAUUCAAGAAAGGAAAGAAUGAAUGGAAAAGUCGAUGAUUAUGAAGAGCUAAGAAACGGAAUGAAAAGAGUUAACGAAAAGCGUGACAGAUCUGAAGAUAACAGCGCUUAUUACAAUCAAAUCAUUAGAAGCGAUGAAAAAUAUACCGAUGAAUAUGAUAAAAAGAAACUACAUAGAGUUAUGAAGCAGAAUGGAGUUUAUAUUAACAGUUAUAACAAUAAUAAUUACGAUUAUCAUCCGAAAGUUAUAGAUUAUGAUUCCAAAUAUGAUUACAGGAAUAGAAUUGAUGGUAAUGAGAAUGGGGUUAAUGGAAAAGUGAAGAAUGGUAGGGAAAAGAAGAAGAGUGAUUUAAGAAGAGUUGCUAGUGAAUAUAAUGUGUCUUCUAAAGGUGAUGAAGACGGGUUUGGGUUUUCUGUUAGAGGCGACGCGCCGGUUAUUAUAGCCGCUGUGGAACCUAAUUCUUUGGCUGAGAUUGGUGGUAUGCGAGAAGGCGAUUUUAUAAUAUCAAUAGGCGAUAAGGAUGUGAAGUGGAGUUCCCACGAGGAAGUCGUGAGUCUCAUUCAGCUGAGCGGAGACACGCUUACCAUGAGACUCGCCACGCCUAUGGACAAGAGCUGCUUGAAGGCCUCCCCCGAGACCACUCGCCAAUCAAACUCCAACCAGGGCUCCGUGUCGGCCGCGUCCACCGCGUCCAGCGGCUCCACAGCCGUCACAGCGAGGUCUUCAGCCCGUCGGGCGCCAUCUUGGAACCCAUUCCGACGACAUACGGCCAGAGAUAACAGCUCCCAUAGAGGAUCCCAUACGAGCAACGUUAUUUUCAGAUAAUUAUGUUUAACGCCAUCUAGUGACUUAAUUGUGUACGUAUGGGCGUAGAAAAAAAGGCGGAUUUAGUGUGGCUUAGAAAAUAGUCAAGCAUUGCAAUGGCGGCGUUAUACGCACGUGUAAGUGACAGAAAACUUGCAUUCGUGAGACAAUCUAUGAAGUGAUGGAGGCUGUCACACUAUUGGUGAGUGUGUGCGUGUAUAUAUACAAUGAGCCUGUCAUACUAUUGUUGCUUCAUUUUGCCGUAAAGUAAAACUUCGUCCGCCUUUCUUUCUGCGUCUAUGUGUGUACGUAUAUAUUUCUAAAGAUUGUGUAUUUCAAUUUAUGAAACCUGUUUUUUUUUAUAAAAAAAUUGGCGUGUCCUUUAUACUACACGAUUUAGUCGUUGUUUUAUAAAAAGAUUAUAAUAUAGUAUUUUAUCUUUGUAGCAUAAUGAAAAUGUUUUGCAUAUUUUGUUUAACGCCAUCUGUUAUUUAGUUUCUAGAAAUGAAAAUUGGAUUGGAUUUAAUUUGUUACGGUUUUAGGUUAUUUUUUAUUACCGCCUUCAUAUGUUUUUUUUUAAAUUACUUUUUUUCAUUAUUUCAUUCCCAUCGACUAGCGCUCCAUUUAAAUGUUUCAAUAUAUUAUAUUUAUGAGAACCUUGUUUAUAAAAUAGUAUUUACAUUUUUAUUCAAUUUAAAUUGCACAUUUAUCAUAUUUAUCGUUAGAUCUAUCAUGGCUAUGAUAUUCCAAAGCCUUUCUUUCAUAAAAGAUACCAAAUAAUUUAUGUUUAUUUAAAACUUUUUCAACCUUUAUUAUAAAAAAUGUUCAUAUAUUUUUCUUGUAGUUAAAUUAUUUCAAAUAACUACUUUAUUGGAAAAUUUAAAAAUAAUAAACAACUUAUAAAUAAAUACUAUUUAAAAGUAUGAAUAAUACUGUAUUUGUUUUAUAAAUUAAAAAUAAGUUUUUAAUUUGAAUUUAUAUUAGAACAAAUUGUCACAUCUUUUAAAUUAUAAAGGCGUGGACAGUUGUUUCCUAUUAUAUAUUAUAUUCCUUUGUUUUUGUUUUAAUAAAGCAGGUCUUUUUUUUCAGAGUAUUUGUUAUUUUGUGGCUCAAGAAAUAAUAAAUAUGAGAGAAAUAUAGUAAGUUAAAAUAAAAAAGUAUUAUUUUGAGAAUGUAAACAAUAAAUUGCAUGUUUUUUUCUAUUACUGUAUACUUAUAUAUGGACGGAGAAAAUCUUACAUACAAUAUUUUUAGACUAAAUUCUCAUUUUUUUCCUACCUCUUAUUGAGACUGUAUAUAUGUAUAUCUUUCAUUUUAUACAAACAUAACUUCCUCUGUUAAAAUGGUUGAGAGGUCCUUCACUAAUUAUUUACUUAAAUAUUUUUAUUCCUUACUUGUUGAUUAAAAAAAUAUUUUUUGUUGUAAAAUUGAUUUAAACUUGAAAUUAAUGUUUCUUUACUUAUAUUUGUACUUAAAAAAAAUUACUUUACUACAAUUUUACAGAUAUAACUUUUCUUACUACAAUUAAAUGUGAUAAUCCACAUCACAAAACUAAAAAGUUAAAAAAUGUGUUCUCAUAUUAACCGUCCUUUGUUACUAAACAUUACGAAGUAACAUCUUUAUACAUAGUAUUAGUAUAUUAUAAAUAUAUAAUUUAACAGUAUUUUCAAAUAUAUAUUAAGUUGAAUUUUGGUUGUGAUCGAUCUAUAAAAAGUCAAUUAACUUUUAAAAAUACAUUUAAUUGAUCGCACCCAGAAACUAUUAAGAAA